GGGCACGCGGAGGGCGGGGCGGGAGCGGGAGGUGGGAGAAGGGAGCGAGGGAGCCAGCGAGCAGGCGGCAGGCACGGUCCGUGCGCGGAGCAGGCGAGCGAGCGGGAAGACGCAGCCACCUUUCUCACCAGCCAGCCCUCAGCGGUUUGUCCCUCUUCUCGGGAGUGCGCCAAUGCCUGGGCCGACCCAAACCCUGUCCCCAAAUGGCGAGAACAACAACGACAUCAUCCAGGAUAACGGGACCAUCAUUCCUUUCCGGAAGCACACAGUGCGCGGGGAGCGUUCCUACAGUUGGGGAAUGGCGGUCAAUGUGUAUUCUACCUCGAUAACCCAAGAGACUAUGAGCAGACAUGACAUCAUUGCAUGGGUUAACGACAUAGUAUCUUUAAACUACACAAAAGUGGAACAGCUUUGUUCAGGAGCAGCAUAUUGCCAGUUCAUGGACAUGCUCUUUCCAGGCUGCAUUAGUUUGAAGAAAGUAAAAUUUCAAGCAAAGUUGGAGCAUGAAUAUAUUCACAAUUUUAAACUUCUGCAAGCGUCAUUUAAGCGAAUGAAUGUUGAUAAGGUAAUUCCAGUGGAGAAGCUAGUGAAAGGGCGUUUCCAGGACAACCUGGAUUUUAUUCAGUGGUUUAAGAAAUUCUAUGAUGCUAACUACGAUGGGAAGGAGUAUGAUCCUGUAGAGGCACGACAAGGGCAAGAUGCAAUUCCUCCCCCCGACCCUGGUGAACAGAUCUUCAACCUGCCAAAAAAGUCUCACCAUGCAAACUCCCCCACAGCAGGUGCCGCUAAAUCAAGUCCAGCAUCUAAACCAGGAUCCACACCUUCUCGUCCCUCAUCCGCCAAAAGAGCUUCAUCCAGCGGCUCAGCCUCUAAAUCUGAUAAAGACUUAGAAACACAAGUCAUCCAGCUUAACGAGCAGGUACAUUCAUUAAAACUUGCCCUUGAAGGCGUGGAAAAGGAAAGGGAUUUCUACUUCGGGAAGUUGAGAGAGAUUGAGCUACUCUGCCAAGAACAUGGGCAGGAAAAUGAUGACCUCGUGCAGCGACUAAUGGAAGUCCUCUAUGCUUCAGAAGAACACGAGGGCCACACAGAAGAGCCAGAAGCCGAAGAACAAGCCCACGAACAGCAGCCUCAGCAGCAGGAAGAGUACUGAACCGUCUUGGCAGCUCUUGACACUUCCAUUGUGCACGGGAACUUUUCUUCUGGAGAAUUGGAACAUGUGUGUGGCCUCAAGCUCAACAGAAACCAGUUGUUCCCAAUCUGCCAUUACCAUCAACGCACUGUUGCACACGCCCGCCACUGAGCUCGGUUCCCAUUUCCUUUGCCAAGACAUGUUAGCCGACAGCCAUCUGGCUGCCUACCUGAGCGAUCAUAGGGUCACAUACCUUCAACUUCACCACUUGGCUGCUUGAGAUUGGUUCUGCUCUUUUCCUCAUUUCUUUCCAGAACAACUCUUCCCCACCCCAAUACCACCACCACCACCACCACCACCACAACCCUCCUUUUUACCCUGGUGUGAAACAAUGGUAAUUUGAUAUAUGGUAUUUAUAUUGGCAUUUCUCAGCCCAGUGUCACUAGAUGUCACAUGCAUUUGUGGUGCUUUGAUGUUUGCAAGUCUAACCUCUGAACAUAAAUUUGGUCAAAAUUGUAUUGGAACAAAGGGAAACAGAUACUUGAUAUGAAAGCCAUAAUGACAGUGACUUGUGUCAUGGGGGAAAACAUACAGUCAGUUUCUCCCUCUACUCACAGCACUAAAGGGAGAAAAAAGGAUUCAAAACUAGUACUUCAGGGCCCAACAGUGUUUAUAAUAUAUCAGCAUGUUAGACAGCCACACAGUUUGUUAUUAGAUUUGAAAGACAUUCACUCAAGGAAACACCAUCUCAACUUUGCCCCUGCUCUCUCCCGCCCUUCCUACUUCCCAGAUUCUCAUGCUGUUUUCUUUCUCAGGGUCCUCUUUGGUGGGCAGUUGCUUUCCCCAAGCUGUUGUCAUCAGUUAUCUGCAGUCCAAAGGGGGUCUGGGCAGGUACACGUCCUCCUGCCUCAUCCUUCUUCUUCAUGUAGAUUUCAGCCCAAAUCCUGUCAGUCACACUAGGGGACUUCUACUAAGGAUAACUUCAGGUGUGCAGACCCGAGCUCAUGCUUGCUGGGAGGCUGGAAGCAAAGACCUUACUAGGAGCAUAAUUCCAAGGGAGCAUCAUGAUAUUGCAGCCUGGUGUUGACAUUAGAAUAACAGCACAGGAAAAUCUUUGACUCCCAAUGUCUUCUGGAAUAGGAAUUUCCCCUCUUGACAUAAGGGCCCUCCUUGCCAUUGACUUUGCUAAACCAUAGCAAUUCAUAAAUAGAGGAAACAUUAAUUAAAAGCAUUCCUUUUUUAACUAAUAUUUGCACAUUUUCUUAGUCUCUUUCCAGAUCUUUGCCCUUUUUUUUUUUUUUUUUGGCAGUUGGUAUCCCUUCCCAGAUUAUUCAUUUCACUUGGUUUCUAACCUUAGGUUUACUUUCACUUGUUAUUUGACUUAGCAGGUGCAACAAAAAAAAAAAAAAAAAAAAAAAACAAGAAACAAAUGUGCUCGCCCCACUUUUCUCUUCACUGAAAAGCUUAAAAUAAAUUUCUGAAUUAUGUAUCAUAAAGCUCUGAAAUUUCUUUAUUAACUGAUGAAACAUUAAUUCUAAAUUCUAACAUUGAAGCUUUUCAACCAAAAGUCUUUCCAAAAUAAAUUGUUUGCAGCAAAAUGGUAUUUAUUGAGUCAUAUGUGGAAUAGAUGGCUUGUAUUUUUGACAUUAUUACAACACACUGUGCAGAACUGGACAGAUGUUCCAUGGCAUUUGGUUUCCCUAGCUUCUCUCUCCUGCUUGCUCUGCGCUACAGCGGCAGCUCAUUUCUCUAAGGCUGGAAAGCCUGGCUCUCGGCAGUGACAUCCUCCCACGCCUGGUCACGGAUUGGUGGCUGUGCUAUACACAGCAUUGUGCUUAACAGUGUGUUGCCCUCCUGAACCUGUUGUGCUCCCUGAUUUUCCUUUUUUUAAAUAUUAAUAGCUUUUGUAAAAAGGCACAAUAAAUAGCUCCAUGCACAUGAUA